UUCUGCGGACAUGAUCUUGGUGAGGAGCGGCCUGUUCCUGGGAGCUGCCAGUGAUGUGGCCCAGUCUCAGAGCCUGUCGGACCGCGGCAUUUCUCAUGUACUCACCGUCGACUCGCAGGAGCCCCCGCCUAUGGGGAACGUUUGCGCGAAAUUCGUGCAGGCGCUGGACGAGCCUUCCACCGACCUGCUCAGCUUCCUGGACGAGUGUGUGGGCUUUGUGCAGCAGGCACAUGCUGCAGCGGGCGCCGCAGUGUUGGUGCAUUGUCAUGCAGGAGUCAGCAGAAGCGCUGCUGUGGUAACUGCGUUUAUAAUGAAAACCGAUAACCUGAGUUUUGAAGAGGCAUAUGGUAAACUUAAAGCCAUUAAACCGGACAUCAGGAUAAAUGAUGAGUUUGUGAAGCAACUGAAGCUGUAUGAAGCGAUGGGCUGCAAAGUGGAUUUAACAAGUGCUGAUUACAAACAGUAUCGACUUCAGAAAGUCACUGAGAAGUACCCAGAGCUGCCGCAUUUACCGAGGGAAUUAUUUGCAUUGGAUCCCAUAAGUCUUGGGAAAACUAGUGAAGCAAUCUACAGGUGCCGAAAGUGUAGGCGUUGUUUAUUUCGUGGCUCAAGCAGUUUGACUCAUGAACCUGGAACUGGAGCAACAGCAUUUGCUCACAAGAGGUUGUCUCAAAGCCAGAGGUGCAAUCAGACUAGAUGUACAUCAUAUUUCAUUGAACCUGUGCAGUGGAUGGAGCCUUCACUACUUGGUGUUUUGGAUGGACAGUUGCUCUGCCCAAAAUGCAACUGCAAGCUGGGAUCUUUCAACUGGUACGGUGAUCAGUGUUCCUGUGGACGUUGGGUGACUCCUGCUUUCCAGAUUCACAAGAAUCGAGUUGAUGAAAUGAAACAUUUAAAUCUCAUGAGUGUGGAAAAUGUGAAUAGUUGAAUAGUACAUCCAGUGGAUUGUAUCUGAAAAACUCACUGAAUGGAGGAAAAUUUUAUCCUUGUUCCAUCUGAAUCUAAGCUGCAGAACCUGAGGAAUGCCGCAAUAACUUAAGGUGGUUAUCAUAUUCCUUGCAAAUAUAUCUAAAUAUCUGCUAUUGUACUGCAAGCCAUUUUAUUUAAUGCACCAAGAACAAUUGAAAUAUCCCUGAAAGUCCAAUGGUUUCAUCUAGCUCUUGAUAACUUUCAUAUGGAUAGGUUUGCAUGACCAAAGAUUAAAAUCAACGCAAAGAACAAAAAUUUAAAAAAAAAUACGGUGAGGCUGCCCCUAUCAUGAAGUAAUCAGGAUCUUCCAAAGAACUAAAUGUUGCCCAGCUCCUGCAAAACCUCACUUCCAUUUCAGGAUGUAAAGUCCAUUUUCAUACCCACUAUCCACUCCAGAAUCAAUAGGAGACGCUGUUUUGUUUAAAGGAUAUUAUACUAUUAACAGAAACCUUUAACUUCACAAAUGCAGCAUCUCACUCAGAAGUUACAUUGGAAAUUUAAAGAAAUAAAAUACAGUAAUCUUUCUUCAUCCCAUCUAUUUUAACAACAUAUCCACUAGAUGGCACUCCAUGGCCAGGAUUGUAUACUUCGACUGCCACCUCGUGACCCAGAGUAGAGUGCUGUUACUGAUCCAGAGCCAGCACCUGAUACCAAAUUGGUUUGACGUUUAGUUGGUGAGAGGUACAUUUUCAAUAAAUAAGUUAUGUCACAAAAUUAAAUAUAAAUUGUGUUAAAAGUUUUAAUGGGUAGAGAGUUACAACAAAACAUUGACAUUUUAAUUUUACAGUAUACAAUUCUAUUCGUCAGGACAUACUAAUUCAGAGUAUAAAUAAUGACAAUGAAAAUAAUUUCUUAAAUGUUAGAUUACAUGUUGAAGCAAUUAACUAAAGCCACAUAUUUAGUAUUUAUAUUUGUAACAUGCAAUUACACAAGUAAAGUCUUGUAGGCUGUAAAAAUGUGUAAAAAUGGAUUUUAGCAGCAUGGCUUGUUGAAAUUUGGAUUAUGUUGACUAAAAAAGGCUUUAUAUUGUAUGUUUUCCAUUACAUUUCAAAUAUUUCAUAGAUUGUUCUACACUAUAUAAUGAAUGCUUGUUUAAAUCUGAUUUAUUUUUAGAAUAAAAAUUAUAGUUAGCAUAUAUAUGUAAACACAAGAAGCUUUAUGAAUUAUUUGAAUAAUGUUUGCUCAAUACAACACGAGGUCAUGGUAUACAAUUUAACUGACAUAUAUUAUGAGGAAUACAUCCAGAUCAUUCCCAAGAUGUUAACAACCACCAGCAUCCCAUGGUAUGUUCCUAUUUUACUUACUGAAAAAGCUAAAAAAAAAUACACCAACAUAAAAUAUAAUUCCUUUUACUGAUACGAAUAAAAACAUAAAAUAGGAAUAGUGUUGAAUAAUUAAGUUGGUACUUAAUGAUAAAUUAAUAAAUACAGUAUUUCAAGAAAUUACACUGGUAAGGAAACUUAUCCACCAUUGAAUGUUGUUGAUAGAAUACUCUGACAAUAUUCAUCUAAUCAGACUAUUUGAUGCAUUUACACAUACUGUGGUGAUGAAUUUUCAUCUGAUAUGCAGAAACAGGAAGGACUUAAAAUAUCGGGGGAAACCGUAGAGGGAAUGAUCUUUUGGACUGGUGGACAAUAGAGAACAGUGAUGGAGUGGAUGAAAACAGGAUUUUGAGAUUUGAAGUUGGCAUAAAAUUGAAGGGAAUUGACCUUCAGACAGGCUAGAGGCACUUGCUGAUAAAGGAAAAUACCAGUGUUAAAUUUUGGCAGGAGGAAUGCAGAGAAACAACAUAAGGUAAAUGCCAGCAUGUUAAACGUGGUACGAAGAGGGAGUUUAGAGAUAUUAGAAGUUAGUUAACAAAGGAGCUAGGAUUCCACUUUGUAAAGAGGGAAACAGUACAAAAACCUGGGAGCAGUGGUUACCUAAAUUUAUCACAGCUCAGUAUCAGCUGGAUGAUCGUCUCAAAUUGUGGUUCAGCUAUUAAGAAGGGUAAAAUGACUUUAGAAAUUGUAUAGAAUAGCUUCAGUUGAAUGGUGUCAGGGCUAAGGAGCUAUAGAUACCAGGAAAAUACUGGGUUCAGUAAAAACUAAGGAUACUUGAUACCCAAAAUCAUGAUGGGUUUAGAAGAGGAUUUGUUUCCGUUGUUUGAAAAUUUAGUACAAAGAUGCAUUGGUGUAAGAUGAUUGGGUAAAAGGAAAAAAAGCACAAAAUAUUAGUUGUUAAACAAUGUAAUUAAUUGAGUAGUUUUCCUUAAUUAUGUGUAAGUAGUUGCAGGCCUGUAGAAUCAGAGUGGUGAUGUGAAACUGACUGGAUUUUCCUUGGUGAUACUUUGAGGAAACACAUUUCCUAGCAAUUUGUUUGCUAAGAUAAGAUACGGCAGUUUCAAACUUUGUACAAGAAGGUUAGGAAAGGUUUAGUAAGGCAGCUAAUGAAUGUUUUAUCUGAGGUGGAUAAUCCCAUUAGUAUAGAAAGCCUGGAGGAGCAUUUUAAAUCUUAUUUUGCUGUAUUCAAUAACAAAGCAGAUAUUUAAAUCCUUAUAAAGGAUUUUACCACAUCCAAGGUUUUAAAUACUAUUUAUAUUUUUAAGAAGAAUGCUGCUGCUGGCCCAAUCAGUGUCCUCUGAGCAAGGUUUGCAAAAUGGACAUCAUUGUGUUAACCAAUAUGUAUACUGUUAGGUUAGAUGCAGCUCAAGUCUAUCCAAUAUUUAAAACAGCCUCAUGGUCCUCAUUCCAAGUCAGAUGAUCCAAUUUAAUUUAAAAAGGUUAGUAAUUGAUAACCCAUCACUACUAUAUUUUCAUCCUGUAUUGUUGAGAAUUGUGGCAAACAAUUGGCCAAGCGAUCACCCUCAAUUUAGGGCAAAAAGGAUGUGUAGAUGGCCAUUCCCAGUUAUAAUAGUAAUCCCAUUUUAAUAACAAUAACAGAGACCAAUAUGAUUCAUAAGGAUUUAGACCAUAAGACAAGGACCUAUCAAUCUCUGCUUUAAAUAUAUCUGAUGAUUUGGCCUACACAGCUGCAUGUGGCAAUGAAUUCCACAGCUUCACUACCCUCUGGCUAAAGAAAUUCCUCAUUUCUGUUCUAAAGAGACAUCCUUGUAUUCUGAGGCUGUGCCCCCUGGUCCUAGACUCCCCCACUAUAGGAAACAUCCUCCCUAUGUCCAGUCUUUCUAGGUGUUUCAAUACUCAAUAGGUCUCAAUGAGAUCCCUCAUUCUUCUAAACUCCAAGGAGUACAGGCCAGAGCCAUCAAACAUUCCUCGUACAUUAACCCUUUCAUUCCUGAGGUUCUUCUUAUGAAACUCCUCUGGACCUUCUCCGAUGCCAGUACGUCCUUAGAUAAGGGACCCAAAAUACUCCAGGGUGGUUUGAUCAAUGUCUUAUAAAGCUUUAACAUUGCAUUCUUAGGAACAUUUGACUUAGCAAUUGCUUUUAUUAAUACAAUAGCCAUCAGUAAUUCUCAAAGCUUCAGGUAGGAUGGGGAUUGAUGUCUAGUUUGUCCAUCUCUUUUCAGACCUAUGUACGAAUCUGUUUAUUUUUAUUGAAAAUAGCAGGACCAAGAUUGGACCCAUCCCUAUCAUAAGAGGAGUUAACCAAGGUGAUCCAUUUGUCCCAUAGUAUUCAGUAUUGUGAUGGGCAUUUUAUUAUUCUGUUUGGAUUGGGAUGGAUGCAGCUUUUAUUUGGGAACAGGCAUUUUAUACUACUUCCGCCUUUGCUGAUUAUGUGUUUCUCAGGAGGGUAUGUCAAAGAACCUCAAGGUCAAAGGGUUAUGCAGUGCAGAAGCAGGCGUUUUGGCCCAACUCAUCCAUGCCAACCAAGUUACACUGAGCUGGUCUCUUUUGCUUGCACUUGGCCCUUAUCCUUCUAAACCAUCCCUAUCCAGAUACCUGUCCAAAUAUCUUUUAAAUGUUGCCAUUGUAUCCGCCCCUACCACCUACAUUCUAUAUACUGCAAAUCGCCUGUGUGAAAACUUGCCCCUCAAGUCCUUCUUAAAUCACUUUAACCUAUGUCUUCUAGUUUUGGACUCGCCACCAGUAGUCCACUAGUCAUCUUCUCUAUGUCCAUUUUAGCAGGGUUUUAGAAAGGUCUAUCAAGUCACCCCUUAGACACCUUUUUCCAGGGGAAAAAGUCCCAGCCAUCCAGCCUUUCCUUAAAACUCAAGCUCUGUCAUCUCAGUACCAUUCUCAUAAUUUUCUUUUGCAAACUCGCGAUUUAAUGGCAUCCUUAAGUAUCCCUAAGUGUGCCAAAUCCCAAGUGGAUCAAAAUGUUCGAGCUCCUCAACGCCUCCCCUCAAAGCACCAACAUUACCCACUCUUAUUCCACAACUGAUGGUUUUACGACAAGGGUGUCACCACAAUGUCUCUUCCACUGAACCUCUGUGUUCCACACGCUCUUCCCAGGGACACACACUGAGACAAACAUUAAUGGCUGCUGCAAGAUCACCAACUCACAAGUAGGUAGUAUGGUAAAGGUGCUGUAUGGCGUUAUUGCUUUCAUCAGCCAGGGCUUUGAGUAUAAGUCUGAAUUAAACUUGGGUUAGGCCACAUUUCAAGUAUUGUGUGCAGUUUUAGUCUUCCCCAUUACAGGAAGGAUGAGGAGGUUUUGGAGAGUGUAAAGAGGAGAUAUUGCCAGAAUUGAAUAGUAUUAGCUCUUAGGAAAGGUUGAACAAAAUUGGAUUGUUUUCUAUGGAGCAUAGAAAACUGAGGGGAUUUGUUAUAGAGGUUUAUAGAAUUAUAAGAGGUAUAGAUGGAGGCUUCCUCCCACGUGCCAAUUGCUAGAGGAAACCUUUUAGGAGUUAUUAAUAUUUUUUUAUAUUUUUAGGGAUUCUCAAAUGAGCUAUUACAGUUUUCUGUUCUGUUCAUUCUUGCUAUUGUUUAAUUUUUAUUAUAUUUUAACUAUUGUGAUAUAUUUUUCAGUGCUUCAACACAUCAAAUGUUACUAGUGUAUAUGAUGUAAAAUGAGUGACUCUAAACUCUGGUUUUCUGUUGGUGAAUUUCUGUUUCGGUAUUUACUCCCUUUUUGUUCUUACAACAUCUCACUUUCCCAGCAUUAACAGAUAGCUGGUGGUGUCUUGACAUUGCAUAUAUGAGCUGCAUUAAAACUCAAACUGGGCUAAGUUUUACUGUGACUAUUAUAUUACCAGCUGGCACAAUCUCAAACGCCUGAAAUUUGUGUUAGUACUAUUCUGUGAUAUGCCAUAUCCAAUAUAAAAAUGUAACUUAGACCAAUCUCUGCUAUAACAUUGAUAACAUGUUUUCUAAUAGAAGAACCAUCAAAAUAUAACACAGUACUAUAUUCUUAAUCAUGUGUUUUUGAGCUGUUUGCCAGAACAGAUCAUGUAAUGCAACAUUUUGUUGUUCUUACAUGUACUAUCUUCAUAUGAAUCAAUUAUUACUGAAUGUGAACAAUACUUGGUGCUGGAGGAAUAACUUACUGAACAUGCUGUCCCUGGGAUGCAGGGUAUGAUCUCAAUGUAUUUAUGUUUAAGUGCUGAAAUGCAACAAUAUGUUUCAAACCCCCUAUCUAGAAAGUAUCCUUUGUUGUUCUUCUGCCGAACUAGAGUUGGGUUCUUAUAAAUCAUUUGCCUCAUGAAAGAGUGAAGUAUUCAUAAACCCCACAAUUAUUCCCUUGUGAGUCUCUAAUUAACACAAAAUUUAAAUUAUACAAUUUUAAAAGGUACAGUAGCUUUGGAUCAAUGAUAUUAUUGAGAAGUAAUUUGGUUGCUUCCUUCUUUCGUUAUAUGCAUUUUAAAAUUUUUAUUUUUAUCAAGGCACAUUGGCAGUAGGCAUGAAGGUUCUGGAGCAAUCUUAUAGAAUUUCUUACUGAAGAUUUCCACCGUCUCAUUAGAGUUAAUUUAAUGAUGGAUGGGAUUCAUUGUUUGUUUUCAGGAUUGGUACUAGUCUUCAAAAAACUGUCUUGGACUUCCAAGCUUAAAUCAUUGUCAAUUUUUGGUAUCAUGUUGAGUCUACUUCCAUACAGUUUCAAUGCGAUGUGAGGUCUCAUGAAACACUCUUUGUGUCUUAUCAGUUUUCAGAAGUCAUUGAUGCUACUGAUUUUUUCAUUAUACACUCAAAGGUAAUUCAGCAAUCUAAAGCAUCCCACAAUUAAACUGUAGUUCUUUCCAAAUUGUCUUCAUUUCUGUACAUAAAAGUGAAAUAUUUGAAGUUGAGCAUAUGCUUGUAAUGAAUAUGCAAGAGUUGACAUACACCAAAAGGAUUUACAUAUAACACUGUUUCUUUGUUUUAAAAUGACUCCUACCUAUAUUAUGUGUUACUUUGUAUUUUCAGGUCAAUGAUAGCAAUAACAUGUUUCUGAUCACAAUAAAAACUGCCCUCAAAAGUGGGAAAGUCCCUGCGAAAUAGUUAUUUCCUAUUCCAAUGCUGAUUGUUGACAUCAAGCGGUCUAAAGAGCAAAUCUCAGUUUAGAAUAACUGUAUACAGUAUAUAGCAAACCAGGAUGCAAAAAGGAUGAUUCACUGAAUAGAAUCACAAAAUGGGAGAGGAGGCCAUUCCAUCCUUCAACUCCAUUCAAGAGCAAUCCUGCUAAUCCCACAUCCAUCUUCUUGUAGCCCUGUAAAUUAUUUCAGAUACCUUAUCACCUAGCUUUUGAAUGUUACAAUGGAAGCUGCCAGUGGCACUCUGUGUUCCAAAUCCUAACUGUUCAAUCCAUAAAAAAACUUGCCUUCAGGUUGUUUUUCCAAUCACCCUCAUCCUACAUUCCUUGUUUUUUAAAGCUUUCUGCCAAUAGGCACAUUUUCUCCAAUUUCUUUCAUUACCCCAUUCGAACCCCAUACACCUCCAGAUUUUCUAUUUUAAACAAAUAACUUAUAAUCUCUCAUCCCUGGAAUCUCUUACAAACUCUCUGUAAUCCACCCUAUCUGAAGCCUCAUAUCAUUCCAAAAGUUUAGGCCUGGAACUGGAUAUAAUACUCCAUUUGUAGCCAAACGUGUGUUCUAUAAAAGUUUGUAAAACUAUUUGCUUCUUCUUAUAGUUUAUUCUUCUAUUUAUAAUUCAGGGACCCCAAAUGCAUUUAACUGAGACUGUCAUGAAAUUUGCAAACACUUUUUCACAUAUUCUUAUCAGGCAUGCGAGUGUUACUUCAGUGGUUGGUAAGCUGAUG